UCUACACUCCCCCUUCCACAAAGCAACAUAACCUACUUCAACCAAAUGAUACAAACAUUUCUCUACUGGAGCCACCAUGAGCAUCUGUUCAGACAAAAAGAUGAGCCACAGAAAUGAGCCUGAGUCGCUACACGCCUGCAACCUGCGCUGCCUGGGACCUCUGACCUUCCACACGACUGCGGUGGGGAACAAGGUGAGUCUGAGCCAGGGGGCCAGGCUCGCCGAGAGGACAAGUAGCUCCUUCCAGCACGGCCUGGUGUUCAGCAACCGUCCGGUGAGGGUGAGGGAGAGAGUGUGUUUGUGGGUGACGGGCUGUGUGCCCAAAUGGCACGGAGGCCUCCGCGUGGGCUUCACCACGGUGCCCCCCGCCGGGAGGACCCUGCCCCCCCUGGCCAUCCCGAACCUGACGGACACGCCCGGGCACUGGGCAGCCGUUGUCCCCGAGGCCUACUGUCGGGAGGGGUCCCGGAUGGAGGUCUGGGUGACCCACGGAGGGAAUGUUUACAUCCAGAACAAAAAUGGCAGAGCGAUGAAGCUGCUGGAGGGGCUGGACCUUAGCAGGCAUCUCUGGGCCAUGAUCGACAUCUACGGGCAGACCUGCUCUGUGCUGCUGCAGGGGUCAAAGAAGACAGACCUUUUAGGGACUCGGAGGUCCUGCCCUGCUCCCCAGUCAGUUUACUAUGACUUCAACCAGGUUUCCAGUCCCAUCUCUGUCAGUCGCAGCGACAAACACGGAUGCAGCACCAAGAACCACCACAACUCCUGCCCAGCCAACAGGCAGACAUUAGGCUUGAACAGCGUGGAGAACUGUGCGGUGUGUUUGAGUAAAGAGUCAGAAGUCACUCUUCUGUGUGGUCACCGGUGCCUGUGCUUCCAAUGUGCAGCGAGGGUCCUCCAGGAGUUUGGCACCUGCCCUCUGUGUCGACAGAAAAUCUAACCACCGCUAGGAAAGAACUCUUUAGCUGUAGGCCGGCAUACACACACACACACGCACACACUACUGAAUGUUCUCACAUGGGAGUCAUGAUGGACCAUUGUGAAUGUAUUUAUGUAUAAUGUUUUGCACAAAUCUAUGUCUGACUAAAUGUACAGAGUACAAUACUGGUACGGUUUGCACGCGACUUGUUGAGACAUAAUCAGGUUGUAUCAGGCUGAAAGAUGAUCUACUGACUGGGGUUAAAUAUCCAUUAACCCAAAUUCCACUGUGAAUUUUCUAUUUUCUACUUUUGUACCUUUUAAAUAUGCCAUAGGCGAUAUUUGUAUACAGUGGUAUUUUAUAGUAAUAAAAUUACUUACCAACAACUUGC